GUGAGGCAGUUCUUUAUAGUUGCGCCUCAGACAUGGAUGGGACAGAGAGGAGUCGGCAGAGCUGCGCUGAGACGGACCAGGCGCAACAGCCCAUGAUGGAACUCAAUGGAAAACAUCACAGUGACUCGCCGUCAGAUAGAGUCACGCUUAAAAAAGAAAUCGGACUUCUCAGCGCAUGUGCCAUUAUUAUUGGUAACAUCAUUGGUUCGGGGAUAUUCAUCUCUCCUAAGGGGGUUUUGGAGCACGCUGGCUCGGUGGGUCUGUCCCUUAUCGUGUGGGUGUGUGGAGGGGGUAUCUGCGCCCUGGGCUCCAUGUGUUACGCCGAGCUGGGGGUCACCAUUCCCAAGUCAGGAGGAGACUACUCCUACGUCACAGAGAUAUUCGGAGGACUGGUGGGGUUCCUGCUCCUAUGGAGCGCGGUUCUCAUCAUGUACCCCACCACCCUGGCUGUCAUAGCUCUCACCUUCUCCAACUACGUCCUGCAGCCGGCCUUCCAGAACUGUGUUCCUCCGUACUUGGCCACCAGGCUUCUCUCUACAAUCUGCAUAUUGUUCCUGACGUGGGUGAACUGUUCCAGCGUCCGCUGGGCCACCAGGAUCCAGGAUGUGUUCACUGUGGCCAAGCUGCUGGCUCUGGGACUCAUCAUAAUGGUGGGACUGGUGCAGAUCUGUAGAGGUCACUAUGAUGCUCUGAGACCCAGUCAGGCGUUUGAGUUCACCCGGGACCCGUCUGUGGGGCAGAUAGCUCUGGCUUUCCUCCAGGCCUCCUUCGCCUUCAGCGGCUGGAACUUCCUGAACUACGUCACUGAGGAGGUGGUCGAGCCUCGCAAGAACCUGCCCCGAGCAAUCUACAUAUCCAUUCCCCUGGUGACGUUAGUCUACACACUGACCAACAUCGCAUACUUCUCCUCCAUGACCCCCGAAGAGCUGUUGGCAUCCAACGCCGUGGCCGUGACAUUUGGUGAGAAGUUGCUGGGCGUAUUCUCCUGGGUGAUGCCCAUCUCUGUGGCUCUGUCGACAUUCGGAGGCAUCAACGGCUAUCUCUUCACCUCUUCCAGGUUGUGUUUCUCUGGAGCCAGAGAGGGUCACCUGCCUUACCUGUUGGCCAUGAUCCACCUGAAAAACUGCACCCCUAUUCCCGCUCUGCUAGUCUGUUGCGGAGCCACCAUUGUGAUCCUGUGUAUCGGAGAGACUCACAACCUGAUCAACUAUGUGUCUUUUAUUAACUUCCUGUCCUAUGGAGUGACCAUCGCCGGCCUGCUGUACUAUCGCUGGAAGAGACCCAACCUGCUACGACCCAUCAAGGUGAGUGUGUUGGUCCCUAUCAGCUACCUGGUGUUCUGGGCGGUGCUGCUGGGGUUCAGCCUGUACUCGGAGCCCGUGGUGUGUGGCAUGGGGAUCGUCAUCAUGCUCACCGGGGUACCCGUCUACUUCGUCGGAGUACACUGGAAGAACAAGCCCAGAUGUGUCUACAGGGUUGUGG